AUGGAGUCCAUCGUUCUGCCCGGGGAGGUCCUCGGCAGCUGCGACAUGUACGUGAGUGGCGAAAACACGUACACCCUGCAGAAGGAGGUGAGGUCUGCCAUCCUGGGGAGGAGGCAGCUCGCAACGGACCACAAUGGAAAGCAAAUCAUUAGCGUAGCUAAUACGAAGGAUUUCGUCCCGCUACCUCAAGUAGGAGAUUUGGUAACAUGUAAAGUCUAUCGAGUCACCUUCAAUUUAAUAUACUGCAAUAUCAUGUUGGUGAAUAAUAAAGCUUUAAAGAAUUCAUUCAGAGCAUUCAUUAACAAGAGUGAUAUUCAUGUGUACGACGGAGAGUUGGGCGAUAAUUUUGAAUGUUUUAAACAAGGAGACAUAAUCAGGGCCAAGGUCCUUUCAGUGGCACAGCAUGGCUCGUACAAACUGUCCACCGUCGGGUCCGACUUGGGGGUCAUCUUGGCCCUCAGCGAUAAGGGUCAAAUUAUGAAGCCCGUGGCCUGGAACCUGAUGGUCAACCUGAGCGACAUGAGCUUCGAGAAGCGGAAGGUCUCGAGCGACUUCUCUGUCCCGCUGUGA